AUGGCCUCGUCCGCCGACCUCGUCGAGUCGGCCAAGCGGCAGGCCGCCUUCCGCGCCGUCGACGACCACCUCCUCCCCUCCUACCGCUACGUCGGCAUCGGCUCCGGCAGCACCGUCGUCCACGUCGUCGACGCCAUCGCCAGCAAGGGGCCCGCCUUCCACGCCCGCAUGACCUUCUUCCCCACGGGCAGCCAGUCCAAGCGCCUCAUCAAGGCGGCCGGCCUGGCCCUGGGCGCCCUCGACGACCGGCCCCUCGACGGCCGCAACCCCGUCGCCCUCGACGUGGCCUUUGACGGCGCCGACGAGGUCGACGCCCAGCUCAACCUCAUCAAAGGCGGCGGCGCGUGCUUGCUCCAGGAGAAGCUCGUCGCCACCGCCGCCAAGAAGCUCAUCGCCGUAGCCGAUUCCCGGAAGCGGUCCCCGCGCCUGUGCACGAGCUGGAAGGCCAUCCCGAUCGAGGUCCUCCCGCUGGCCGCGCCGGACGUCCUCGCGCGCCUGCGUGCCAUGGGCUCCUCCGCCCCCGUCGUCCGAUCCGGCCUGCCCAGCAAGGCGGGCGAGUGCGUAACCGACAACGGCAUGUGGAUCAUUGACGCGCCCUUCGCGCCGCUGCUCACCCCCGACGACCUGUCUGCGCGCCGGCAGGGCAAGGGCGCCAACGGCGAAUGGGAGGUCCAGGCCCUCGCGGACGAGCUGCUCAAGAUCCCCGGCGUCGUCGAGAUUGGCCUGUUUUGCGGCUUCAACGGCGCGCAGGCUGCCGACCCGGGCCUGGGCCUGGGCCUGGGUCUGGGUCUGGGCGCGCAGAAACCGGUUGCCGCCUACUUUGGCAUGCCGGAUGGCCAGGUGCAAGUCCAGCAUGCCGGCUGA